AUGCAUCACAUGUUCAUCGACAUUAAACGUAUGGGUGCUAAGGCGCCCAAGCUUCUCAGCGACCUCUACCCGGACGAAAUCGACAUGUACCACGGUCUGUACCACCCGUAUCUCUACAUGAAAUCCGAUUCCCGUCCUUCCUCGUCUCAACAAAGUUUGACUACUCUGGACAACUGGUACCAAGGUCUUGACGAGCUUCAACGAUCCUCCGAUGUCAAAAAAGGCAUCCACGACAAACCCACGCUCAUCCGGCUCGUUCGAUGGAAACUUGCACGCGAGAAGUUUCGACCAACACUUCUCUCCCUCGUCUCGUCCAACUCUGUCGAGCAAUGUUCAGAUGUGCUCAAAAGAGCUGCUUCCUCGCUCUUCCCACGUGGCUCCUUAGCUCGGCUCGAGGAAGAAGCAGCCUGGAACACUGUCAAGCGAGCCAUGGACAUCCUAGUCGAACUCAAAGGUGUAGGUCCAGCAACUGCAAGCGCUAUCGUCGCAACCUGGAUUCCAGAAGGAAUGUUCCAGAGCGACGAACUAGCAAUGGCACUGAUGGGCGACAAGGUGAAGAUAAGCUACACCAUGGGCUUUUAUAAGAAGUUUUACAUGAAGGCAAUCAAAUUUUUGGCAAGGUUGGAGGGGACAAGGAUAUGGGAUGGACGCGGGUUGGAGAGGGUCGCUUGGGCGAUGUAUAAUGACCCGGAGAAGAAGGGAGCGGGUGUUGGGAAAGAGGCGGAGGAGGCAGCGGAUGGGAGUGCUAGCGCCGAGGUUGCAGAUGCGGCUGCAGAAGGCAAGGACCAGGGUGAAAGCAGUGAGAAGGGCAAACGGAAGGGAAAAGCAAAGACAAGUGCCAAGGAUGGAUCUCAAGGAAAGGCUCAGAAGGCCAACGACAAGACAGCCGGCACAGCAGGCAAAGGCAAAGGAAAGCGUACGGCUGCAGAACCGAGCACAGCGUCAGACGCGAACGUCGAGACCGGUUUGCAGAGGAGAACGUCGAAGCGCCUGCGCUCGAACAAGUGA